CUCAAUUCAUCAAUAAAUACCAAAUUCCACAAUAUUUGGAUUUUUUUUUUUCAUUACUCAAAUUAUUCAAUCAUUAAAAAAUUUAUCGAUGAGUCGCCGUGGAACUAUGCAGAUGACAAAGCUACUUGUCGGGCAAACCCGACAAAGGCUAUUCUCAACGGCUACUUCUAAGAAUGUCUCGAGCGGUACUAAAUUCGCUCCAAACGUCUCGGGACAAAGAUUCACAAAUCAUGGAAUCCUCGGGAGUGCCCCGAUUUUCGAAGGAAGGUAUUGGAGUACCGUGGCUUCUGAGGUAUCAAGAGAAGGUAAAACGGUACAACCACCGAAAGUGGAAUAUUCCGGCGAGGAUGAUCAUCAAGGCGGCGGCAAGACCGUUGCUAUUAGUAGCUACUGGGGGGUGGCGCCGCGUAAGAUAAGCAAGGAAGACGGCUCGCCGUGGCGGUGGAACUCUUUUCGGCCAUGGGAAACAUACACAGCGGAUACUUCAAUUGAUGUGAAGAAGCACCACAAGGCAGAUACAUUCAUGGACAAAUUUGCUUAUUGGACUGUUCAAACUCUCAAGUACCCUACAUACUUGUUUUUUCAGAGGCGUCACAUAUGCCACGCAAUGCUGCUGGAGACGGUGGCCGCCGUGCCGGGAAUGGUGGGCGGAAUGCUCCUUCACGCGAAAUCCCUCCGGCGGUUCGAGCACAGCGGUGGAUGGAUCAAAGCCCUUCUAGAAGAAGCCGAAAACGAGCGGAUGCAUCUAAUGACCUUCUUAGAACUUUCUCAGCCGCAGUGGUACGAACGAGCCCUAGUUUUCGCGGUCCAAGGCGUCUUCUUCAACGCCUAUUUUGUGGCCUACGUCGUUUCCCCGAAACUCGCCCACCGGAUUGUCGGCUAUUUGGAGGAAGAGGCGGUCAAUUCGUACACGGAAUUUCUGAUUGAUCUGGAAAAGGGGCUCGUUGAGAAUCAGCCGGCGCCGGCGAUCGCCAUUGACUACUGGCGGCUGCCGCCGGAUGCAACGCUGAAGGAUGUCGUCACCGUCAUCAGAGCCGACGAGGCUCACCACCGUGAUCUCAACCACUUUGCAUCGGAUAUCCAAUGCCAAGGGCACGAACUGAAGGAAUAUCCAGCUCCGAUAGGGUACCACUGAACUGAAGGAUUAUUCAAUUGAUUUUAAACAUUAAACUAUUUAAUUAAAUGCACUUAUAAUUGAUUUAUUAAAUUAAUUAAUUAUUUGUAUUGUGUUUGUAUGAUUCAUGCAUAAGAGCUUAAGGUGAAAAUUGCUUCAUGUUUAUAUAUAAUAUAAUUACUUUUCUUUUGUAA